AUGCUGGACUCCGGGAGCUCAUCCGGCAAGCAAAGUACCAAGGAGAUUCGCAAGGUUCACGAGGUAUUUGCCGCAGAAAAGCAACCCAACGCAGCCCAAAAAUGCUCAACGCAGGCGCAGACGCAGACGCACAACGAACUAGGCGCAGGCGCAGACGAGACGCAGAAGCGAAAGGAGUCGUAG